AUCAUCAAACCCUCAUCUCAUUCAUUCCCUGUUUCUCUCUCCUUCAAUAAACGAAAACAGGGUGAUUAGUUGGCAGCACUACCUACCAGCUUCCCACUCCUACUGCUACUCAGCCCCUGAUCUUCAUUUUCAAGCCCUCCCUUUAAUUUCCCCUUCAAUUUUCACCAAUUUUCUCACCGAUUUUAUCUCCACCGCCACUUCCAUGGCUUCUUCAACCUCCUAAAUCCCUCAAUUUCGAUUUUCCACUUCUUCUGGGAUGUGGGUUUUCCUGUUUUUCUCAUAUGCUUUGAUUCUCUUGCUCUUCCCAUCAUGUUUGAUUCCUUGCAAUUCUUGGAAUCUGACCCCUGAUUUUGGCAUCUGAUUUCGCUCUUCCCCUUUUGCGCAAUCUAUGAGUUCUGUAAAUUCUUCCCCUGUUUUUUUGGUUCCCAAUUAUUGUAUUUUGAUUUCCUUGUUUCUGUUCUUGACAAUCUGGUUUGCCAAAUUGGGCUUUAGUGGUUUUGUUUGUGUUCAUUGUACUGAGAAUUUGGGCUGUUUGGUGGGUUUUUAAGCAAUGCAGAUAACCUGUUUGAUAAUAUGCCUGUUCAUGUUUGUAAAUGUAUUGGGGCAAUCUGAUUUUGCUGCACUUUUGGAGCUAAAGAAAGGCAUUGUUCAAGACCCUUCUGGGCAACUUGAUUCAUGGGAUUCGAAGUCCUUGGAUUCUGAUGGCUGUCCCACUAAUUGGUUUGGGAUUGUUUGUGUUAAUGGCCGUGUUAUAGCUCUUACUUUUGACAAUGCCGGACUAGUUGGUGAAUUUAGCUUUGCUGCCAUUUCUGGCCUUUCUAUGCUUCGUAAUUUGUCACUUUCAAACAAUCAGUUCACUGGGAAUAUUGUGAAAGUUGGUUUGUUAAAGUCCCUUGAACUCUUGAAUCUAUCUCGUAACAAGUUUCACGGUUCGGUUGCUGGUUUUUCGAUCGGGUUGGUUAACUUGGUAUCGAUCAAUCUUUCUUCAAACCAGUUUGUUGGAGCUUUUCCUUCUGGUUUUGGUAAACUUGAGAAGUUGAAGUAUGUGGACGUGCGGGGUAAUGGAUUUUUGGGGGAUAUCACUCUUCUUUUGUCACAAUUGGGCAGUGUUGUAUAUGUUGACUUGAGUAGUAAUCAGUUUACUGGUUCGGUGGACGUCGGAGUUAGGAAUCCGUCUUUUGUUGCCUCGGUUCAGUAUCUGAAUGUUAGCCAUAACCUGUUGAAUGGUGUGCUUUUUCCUCAUGAUGGGAUGCCUUAUUUUGAUAGCUUGGAUGUUUUUGAUGCUAGUAACAAUCAGUUUACUGGUACUGUACCUCCCUUCAAUUUUGUGGUCUCUCUACGUAUACUUCGACUUGGAAGCAAUAAGUUAUCAGGGUCGCUUCCAAACGCCCUCGUACGUGAGAGCUCGAUGCUCUUGACCGAGCUGGAUCUUAGCUUUAACCAACUUCAAGGUCCAGUUGGGAGUAUUACAUCAACAACUCUGAAGAAGCUUAAUAUAUCUUCAAACAAAUUGACAGGCUCCUUGCCCACCAUUAUUGGCCAUUGUACUGUUAUAGAUCUUAGUAAUAAUAUGCUGUCAGGCGACUUAUCUCGGAUUCAAAGCUGGGGAAAUCAUGUCGAAGUUAUUGAAUUAAGUUCGAAUUCAUUGACAGGCACGUUAUCAAACAAGUCUUCUCAAUUCUUAAGGCUUACUUUGUUGAAUGUCUCCAAUAACUCAUUGGAGGGCAUUCUUCCGACCGUGUUGAGUACCUAUCCCGAACUCAAGAUUAUCGAUUUAAGCCAUAACCGGCUUAACGGUCCUCUCCCAUCUACUCUUUUUCACUCUUUGAAGUUGACUGAUCUUAAUCUCUCAGGCAACAAUUUUACAGGUCCUAUCCCACUCUAUGAGAGUAUAGAUUCUACUUCUAGUUCUUCUUUACAGAAUCCGAGCCUGAUAUCUCUUGAUCUAUCACGAAACUCAUUGACCGGUCGUUUACCAUCGGAAUUGAGUAAGCUCCACAGCUUGGUAUAUCUAAAUCUGUCGAAAAACUAUUUCGACGGCGUCAUCCCGGAUAACCUUCCAAAUAGUUUGAACGGUUUUGAUGUGUCGUUUAACAAUCUCUCUGGGGAAGUUCCUGGGAACUUGAUGAGGUUUUCUGAAUCAUCAUUUCAUCCAGGAAACUCCUUACUAGUUUUUCCUUCUUCCCCAGCAAAUCCAAAGGACUUCCCUGGUCUGACACCUUCAACCAUGCACAAGCCUCAUAUGAAACCGGUCGUUAGAAUCGUUCUCAUUGCAGGCUUGAUCGUCGUUGCUGCAUUGGUAGUUCUUUUUUGUAUUAUAUUGUAUUACAGAGCUCGAAGGCUUGACCGUAGGAGCAGUUCAACCAAUGAUGGAAAGGAAGGUGCCUUGGAAGAAGCUUCUUCUGUUACUCGUCGUUCCGAAACCGAUACAAAGAAGAAUGCAUCAAUACCUCCAUCUAACCUAGGGGAGGGUCAUGUUGGUGGCGACGUGUGGUCUGGUUCAGACAAGGCUAGAGAUGUUGGCUAUCAUGAAUCAUUGGGAAAAGGAGAAGGCAUGUCCUCCUCACCCAUGUCUCUCAUGUCAUCUUCAAAUCCAUCACCUUCGAAGAGCUACCAACAUCUCGAUAAUCCUCGAGCACUAAAAGUUCGGUCUCCUGAUAAAUUGGCUGGGGAUCUACAUCUUUUUGAUGGCUCCUUGAUGUUCACUGCUGAAGAACUUUCUCGUGCUCUGGCUGAAAUUGUAGGGAAAAGUUGCCACGGGACGUUAUACAAGGCGACACUUGACUCGGGACAUGUAUUGGCUGUCAAGUGGCUGAGGGAGGGAAUGGCCAAAGGAAAAAAGGAAUUUGCAAGAGAAGUGAAGAAACUUGGGAGUAUUAAACAUCCAAAUUUAGUAUCCAUAAAUGGAUACUAUUGGGGCCCCAGGGAUCACGAGAAGCUUCUUAUAUCAACUUUUAUAAAUGCACAAUCUUUGGCUUUCUAUCUUCAAGAGACGGAGCGAGGCGGAGUCUUGCCGUUAUCUCUACCGGACCGUCUUAAAGUUGCUUUGGACAUAGCUCGAUGUUUAAACUACUUCCACAACGAUAAGGCGAUCCCACACGGCAACCUGAAAUCCUCGAACAUUUUGUUAGAAACUUCGACGAUGAAUGCACGACUUACAGAUUACAGUCUACACCGCAUAUUAACCCCGGCUGGCACAGCGGAGCAAGUUCUGAAUGCAGGUGCCUUGGGCUAUCGGCCACCCGAAUUCGCAAGCUCGAGCAAGCCCUGUCCAUCGUUGAAGAGUGAUGUCUAUGCAUUUGGAGUCAUCUUGUUGGAGCUCUUAACAGGAAGCAGUUCAGGGGAAAUAGUUUGUGGGAUUCCUGGAGUUGUUGAUCUAACAGACAGGGUCAGGUACUUAGCUAGAGAAAGCCGCUUCGACGAGUGCAUCGACAGGACGAUGCUGGACAUUGACCGUGAUGAAAAGCCGCCCAAACGGGUCGAAGAUAUGCUUGAGAUGGCUCUAAGAUGUACUCUACCAGCAGCUGAGAGGCCAGACAUGAAAACUGUGUAUGAAGAACUUUCAGUGAUUGUGCAGUAGAAAGGAUAAUCCAUGGUACAGAAGCUCUAACUCAACUUUUUUCUUGCUAACAUCAUUGUUUUCGGGUAUCAAUAAGCUGUCGUUUUGUCAAUUUUGCGCCAUUUUUUGAGUCGAUAACACUAUUUUUUGAA